AUGGAUGUCUUCUACGCCUACACCUACUCAACAUCAGCCUGGCUGGCCCUGCAGAGCGCCGCUCUGAUCUCCGUCCCGCAAGGGAUCUCGGCCAUGCUUCUUGAGGAGACCCGUCCUGCGACUCCAAUUGAAGUCUACUUCGCCCGCUGCCUCGGCUUCAGCCUCCUCGCGCUCGCAACCCUUACCUUCAUGCUCACCGGCAACAUCCCUCUCACAUCCGGCCUCUCUGACCCCCUCUCAAGCGAAGACCCAGAGUCCGAGGACGACCCGAAAGCGCCGUAUGCGGUACCGACGCUAGUUGUGACGUCUGCCUUCCACGCGGCCUCGGCAUUCUACGCAUACACUCGCUACGUUGUCAAUGCCAAGGGUGUGUUCCUCAUUGCGAUGGUCGGAUAUGCCUCUGUUGCAGCUGUCGGACUCUGGUGCGUGCUCUUUGCCAGCAGCCAUGGACGCAUUAGCAGGAGGACUGGGGCCGACAAGCGCACGGCCGGGUUCCCGUUCGGCAACAAGGCCAGCAAGAAGAAGCACGAGAAGGGACUAUAA